CGAAAUCUUCUAGUCAGUUAUACAGUGCAGCAUCUAACUUGUUCAACUAACCACUGUGGGCCUUAUCACAAAAUCAUAUCUUUAAUACUUUAUCAUCCUGUUCCAUUUCUGUCAACUUUCAUCAUUGUUCACUGUCGGUCAAGUCCUCGUCCAUGUUCCUCAUUGCCAGAUCCUCCCCAACCUCUGCAAGUCUUCACCCUUGGUGACCUCAAUCUUUAGCUCAGCUCUGAUUCCCUUUUCUUCAGAUAUAUCAAUUUGUUUUAAAUUUCUCCUUCCACGACACAGCUCGGUCCACAUUCAUUUGCAGCAAAAUAAAGAACCACAUUAUGUGGUUGUUAAGUGCUUUGAGACGUCUUGAGAUUGUGAGAAGUUCCAUAUAAAUGCUGUGUGCAUUAAAGUGACAGACUCAGACCAGGCUGGCAUGGAAAGCCCAUGAAUCCAGAGCUUCAAGGAACUCGUCCUGUGACUCGUCUUCAUGGCAACAGGAGCCCCGCCCUCCUCGCGGCACCAAGCUCUCGCGAGAGUUGGAUGUGUCAGCAAGAUGGCGGCGGGACGUUGCGAGCGGUGUUGACGAGGAGCGGUCAGGAGGACGGCGGCCAUCAGAUACGUCAACCGGGACCGAGUGAACGCAGGGCCAACCCAAGCCGGUCUAGUCCGGUCCGACUCGGUCCAGCGUGCAGGUGUCCUUUGGACGGCUGUCUCCUUUGCUAGUCUGAGAUGAGCCGAGGAGUCGGGAACCGGCCGGGAGGCUGAUUCGCCGCUUUAUUCGCCGGGCGGGAGGGUACGAGACGUGAAGAGGAGGAUGAAUCUUCACCAGGUCUUAACCGGUGCCGUCAACCCCGGCGACAGUUGUUUCUCGGUGGGCAACGUCGGCGAUGAACCGUUCACGGCUUAUGCUUCAGGGUGUGAUAUCGUGAUUUUAGCCAGUGAUUUUGAAAGACUUCAAAUUAUUCCUGGAGCCAAACAUGGAAAUAUCCAAGUUGGAUGUGUUGAUUGCUCCAUGCAUCAGGGAAAGAUUGCAGCAUCGUAUGGAAAUGUAAUCUGCAUUUUUGAGCCCAUUGCACUUUUAAACCAGAAAACUAAACAUUCUACGCAGCUUAAUUAUCAAUGGCAGAAGAGUGGACAAUUUGCAUUGGAGUCAGUGGUGCAUAACUUAGCAUGGGAUCCACAAGGAAUUCGUCUCUUGACUGGUUCCAGUUGUUUGCAGCUUUGGUCCAAUGGAAAUCUUGAAGCUAAUAUUAAUGAGGAGGAAGCUGCAGAUGAGACCGAUCCAAGUAAAGUCAGUGAUUGGAGAUGCAUCUGGGAGUCUAAAACUGCAUCUCCCAUUCAUCUAUUAAAAGUGUCUCCAGAUGGUGAAUUUUUUGCAACAGUUGGAAAGGAUGACUGUCUUGUGAAAGUGUGGUAUAAUUCCAGCAGCUGGCAGACAGCAGUGAUGGCACCAGUCAUACCAGUGGAUAAGAAAGAAGGAGAUAUUGAUUUUUCUUUUGUAUACUUAGCCCAUCCUAGGGCUGUUACUGGAUUUUCUUGGCGGAAAACCAGCAAGUACAUGCCAAGGGGUCUCGCAUGUAAUGUUCUGUUGACCUGCUGCAAGGACAAUGUUUGUCGGUUAUGGGCAGAGACUUUACUUCCAAGUGAUACUUUGAUUUCUGGAGACGGCCACACUCAGUGGUCUGAAUCUGUCUGGACAACCAACAACCUGAAGAGGAACAUCUCCAAUCGGGAAAAGUUGAAUUUCAGAUCCUUUCGUAUAGGGAGGAGGCGAUCAUCUGGUCUUGUUGCACACAGUGGAUAUUUACCCCACCAGCAGGAUGCACAUGAAGUCCAUAGGAAUUCACCUCUACAUGCGAAUUCACUCUGUCACUUUCACAUCGCAGCUAGUAUUAAUCCAGCAACAGACAUUCCACUGCUGCCCUCCAUCACUUCAUUGAGUUUAAGUGAACAUGAAGAAACUAAUGGACCUUUUGUUGUUCAUUGGCUAAACAACAAGGAAUUGCACUUUACCUUAUCAAUGGAGGUCUUUUUACAGCAGUUACGAAGGAACCUGGAGCAGCAAUCUCCAGAAUCUGUAGCAGAUGAUGUUGGACAAAUGGCAAGCAAAUCUGAUGAUGAUAUUGAUGAAGGCAGUGAAUAUCAUAAAGGAUUUAUGCAAUCUGUACUUUCAGACAGAGGUAAUGGAGAAAAGACCUCAUCAGCUGUCAUGAUUGAUCAUAAAAUUGAAGUGCUAUUCGCAGAAUGGAACAAGAAUGCAGACAUGCUCUUCAGUAUCCACCCCAUAGAUGGAUCCUUACUGGUGUGGCAUGUUGACUGGCUUGAUGAGUAUCAGCCCGGGAUGUUUCGACAAGUGCAGGUUUCAUUUGCCUCUAGAAUUCCUGUGGCAUUCCCCACUGGAGAUGCAAACUCUCUCAGCAAGAGUAUUGUUAUGUAUGCCUGUACAAAAAACGUAGAUCUUGCUAUUCAGCAAGGGAAACUGAAGCCACCAGGCAUGACUCAUUCCACAUCUGGCAUGUUAAUCUCUGCUGGUCAAAAUAAAUCAUCUGGUAGUUUAAAGCUCAGCAUCUUCACACCUAAUGUGCUCAUGAUUUCAAAACAUGCAGAUGGAUCCUUGAAUCAAUGGGCUGUCAGUUUUGCAGAAGAGUCUGCAUUUUCAACUGUCCUUGGUGUAUCUCACAAGUCACGUUACUGUGGUCAUCGCUUUCAUCUCAAUGAUUUAGCUUGUCAUUCGGUUUUGCCAUUAUUGCUGACUACUUCCUACCACAAUGCAAUACGGACACCAGAUGAUGGAAACCUGCACAAUGAAAGCAGUUUUCACUCCUUACAAUUUCGUAGUUCAUUGUCUAGAAACAAGAGAAACAUUGGUACAGCAGCAGUGUUCCAGGAUUCCAAUGCAAUAUAUAGUGAACUAAUUCUUUGGCGAGUAGAUCCAGUUGGGCCAUUAUCGUAUUCUGGAGGGGUAUCGGAGUUGGCCAGAAUCAAUUCUCUCCAUGUUUCAGCUUUUUCAAAUGUCGCUUGGCUGCCAACUUUAAUCCCAAGUUACUGUCUAGGUGCAUAUUGCAAUUCUCCUAGUGCUUGCUUUGUGGCAAGUGAUGGUCAUUAUUUGAGAUUAUAUCAAGCUGUUAUUGAUGCCAAAAAGCUUUUAAGUGAGCUUUCCAAUCCAGAAAUCGCUAAAUUUGUUGGAGAGGUAUUCAAUAUUGUAAGCCAGCAGUCAACAGCAAGACCAGGCUGCAUAAUAGAAUUGGAUGCAAUCACUGAGCUUUAUGGGAAAGAGACUCAGUUACUUCACGUCUUUAAGGAGGAUUUUAUAUUAGUUAAUCAACCCAAGAAAAUGCAGCAAAAGCAAGGACAGACUUCUAAUGAAACCAGCCCACAACAGGAAGCAGAAGAACCACAUGAUGGCUUUUCAGAAAAAUUCUUUUUGGUGGUCAUUGAACAUAAGGAGAACAACCGCUCAGUAUUGCAUAUGUGGCACAUGCACCUGAAAUCCGAUUCAAUAUCUGUUGAUCAUGCUACUGAAACUCCGUUGUUAUCUCCAGAGGAUCAGAAUGGUUUUGCCUCUGAGAAGUUACAUUCUCCUUUCUUCAAAAAAUACCAAGCUUGUAAAGCAAAUUUGCAAAGCGCCAGUCGAUUGGCAUUGAGCUCAAAAAGAGUUUAUAGCCAAGAAUUAGCUCUUCCAGAAGGAGUGGAAAUCACUAGAGUUACUCCCUCUGCAGGGCAUCUGAGUUCUUCUUCAGUACAUCCAGCUUGCCUUGCACCAUAUCUUCUGGCAACGUCUUGCUCAGAUGGAAAAGUCCGAUUCUGGCGAUGUCAAGUGUCAGCUCAUUCAGCAUCUUCUGCAGCUGGGGAUAGUUUGGAGAGUAAAUUUUCCUAUUGUUGGGAAGAAUGGCCUUUACUGAUUGAAGGAGGACUUGUGAACAGCAGCGCUGUUAGUGUACCAGGAAGACCAGUGGAUGUAAGCUGUUCUUAUACAAGCCGGCUUGCUGUGGCUUACAAACAGUCAAAACAAAUUAAUGAACAUUCCAGUAAACACUUCACCAUGCAUGUGUGUAUAUUUGAAUGUGAAUCAACAGGAGGCUCGCAAUGGAUUCUUGAACAGACAAUCCAUCUGGAUGACUUGAGUCUGUCAGGUGCCAUUUUGGAUCCAAGAAUCAGCAUUGAUAGUAACUUAGUGGUUUACAAUAAGCAGGAAUCUCAUCUGACUGAUCAUCAAAUGACUUUUGAAGCAAAACCUUUGGUUCACUUAGAUUGGGUUUCAAAGGAAGAUGGAUCUCAUAUCUUAACGAUAGGAAUUGGAUCUAAACUUCUAAUGUAUGGACAGGUUUCUGGAAUGAUACAAAAUCAAGCCAAGAAAGAAGCACCAGCAGUUUUCUCUUUGUCUUUGUGGGAUAAUGCCAAAGAAGUGUCUCAGUCGAGGUGGGUGCUUCUAAGAAGUGUGGAUUUGGUUUCCUCAGUGGAUGGAUCAUUGUCAUUGCCAGUUUCACUUUCUUGGGUGCGUGAUGGUAUCCUCGUGGUGGGAAUGGAUUGUGAAAUGCAUGUUUAUUCACAGUGGCAACCACAUGAUAAAUUAGAUCCAGUGAUAACUGAAGUUGAAAAUGGUAGUACUCCUUCAGUAGUUAGUCUGGCAAAAUAUGGCAAUGUGAAUGGUUCCAAUCCUUACCUAUUCAAAAAAAACCUGACGAGAUCAAUGACUGGGCUUGCUCAGAAAUUUGGUGGUAAAAAAAUUCCAUUUCAGUGGAAUGUUGAAAUGGAGGACUCUGGCCUUUUUGAAGCAUCUCAUGAUUUGUCUCCCACUCUGCCUCAGUACCAUCCUUUACAGCUCUUGGAGUUAAUGGACUUGGGUAAAAUCAGACGGUCCAAAGCUAUCCUAUCUCAUUUAGUCAAAUGUAUAGCAGGAGAAGUAAUCACUGUAAACGAUGCUGAAACUAGCCAUGAACGACGACUCAGAUCUCUGACAAUUAGUGCAAGUGGCAGCACGGCAAGAGAUCCCUUAAUGACAAAUAAAAGUGAAAAUCCCGACUAUACAGAAAUAGACUCAAUCCCCCCUCUUCCUCUGUGUGCACUUUUAGCUGCUGAUGAAGAUAUUUCUCAUACCACUUUUGAAAAACCAAGCAAACGACCUAAUAUCAACAAGAAAAAUUGCAGACAACAAUCAACAGUAAACAAUUAUGAUGAAUUAUUUGCAAUGUCCAACCUUGGUACAGAUUUACCUGAUGGCUUCAGUGUUGAUGAUGACAUUGAGCAGAAGGUUAUUGACCUUUCCCAGUACAGUCUUACCUACUUUGGCCCUGAGCAUGCUCGGGUACUUUCUAGUCAUUUGCUGCAUUCCAGUCUGCCUGGUCUUACCAGUAUGGAGCAAAUGUUUUUAAUGGCAUUGGCAGAUACAGUGGCAACUAUCAGCACUGACAUAGGAGAGAGCAGAGAGAGAACCCAAGGUGGAGAGACCCUUGAUGAAUGUGGCUUGAGAUUUCUUUUAGCCAUGAGGCUCCAUACAUUCCUGUUAACAUCACUACCUCCAGUCUAUCGAGCACAACUUCUUCGUCAAGGUCUAUCUACUUGUCAUUUUGCCUGGGCCUUUCAUUCAGAGGCAGAGGAGGAGCUGCUAAAUAUGAUCCCUGCAAUGCAAAGAGGAGAUCCCCACUGGUCAGAACUUAGAGCUAUGGGGAUAGGCUGGUGGGUACGCAGCACAAACAUUCUUCGCAGAUGUAUAGAAAAGGUAGCUAAAGCUGCAUUCCAGAGAAAUAAUGAUCCUCUAGAAGCAGCUAUAUUUUAUCUCGCUAUGAAGAAAAAGGCUGUAUUAUGGGGUCUGUUCAGAUCUCUCCAGGAUAAAAAAAUGACAGAGUUUUUUGGAAAAAAUUUCAGUGAUGAUAGGUGGAGGAAGGCUGCGUUGAAGAAUGCCUUUGCGUUGUUAGGUAAACAACGGUUUGAGCAGUCAGCAGCUUUCUUCCUUUUGGGUGGUUCCCUUAAGGAUGCAGUUGAGGUUUGUCUCGAAAGACUUCAUGAUGUUCAGUUAGCUCUUGUAAUAGCACGCUUAUAUGAAUCAGAAUUUGAAGUGUCAUCCACCUACAAGUCUAUACUUGUCAGAAGGAUCCUAGGCUAUGACCCAAAGAGCAAAUGUUUUAACUUUUCUCUAAGAAAUUCUGAUCCGGUGUUGCGGAGUAUGGCAUAUUGGAUAUUAGAAGAUUACACCAACUCGCUGAACACUCUGUUGGAACAGGGGAUGAAAGAAAAUGAUAAUUGCAGUGUGACAGAAUACAGCAAGUCUACUUCAUGCAGUCCUGGGGUAUUUAAUUUCUACAACUAUUUGCGAACCCAUCCACUUUUGUUGCGACGACACUUUGCUUCUUCAGAGAAGACAAUGUCACAGAUGGGUUUAACUGUGGAAAGUGAUCUGGCAGAUAAGAUCAGCUUAGCUGAAAGACGAUUGUUCUUUUCAACUGCAAAUGCACACUUUAAAGCUGGUUGUCCAAUGUUAGCUCUUGAAGUUUUGUCUAAAAUGCCUGCAGUCACCAUGAAACCAAAGAAUUUACAGAAUGAAACAAGCUCUUAUUUGACAGUUAAUUUUUCAUCCGAAGAAUCUAAACAUAAAGUUUUGGGUUGUGAUUGCUCGUCAUCAAUAGUCAAUGGUUUGGGAUCGAAAGUUCCAUCUGAUUGGCUGUCAAAUGGACAAUCCACUUCGUCUCUUAGUUUUGAUUGGAGUCAGUCAUCUCUAACGAUUGAAGACCAGCCAUUAGAAUUAAAAUGGGAUAGUGAUAAGGAAGAUGAAGAGGAGGAGACUGGCCUGUCAAUGAAGGAAAUAAAUCCACAGUGUCCCACUGCUGCAAAGAUCGAAGGAGAAAGUUACUGUAAUUUCUCAAGUUCAGCUGAUGAUUUUUUAAGUACAUCAGAAGAUGUCAUUGCAGCACAGUUAAAAUUUGGAGCUUGUUUGAAGAUACUUACAACAGAGCUACGUACAUUGUCUACUGGAUAUGAAGUUGAUGGUGGAAAACUCCGCUUCCAAUUAUACAAUUGGCUUGAAAGAGAAAUUACAGCCCUACAGAAAACAUGUAAUUACAAUGUUGAUCUUGAAGCUAUCAAAGAUAGUUUUGACUUUCCUGAAAGUGAACAUGCAGGAAAUGGUAUUGUUGACCAACAAAAGUCAUUGCAUCAGCAAAGGUAUUUACAACGGAGGAGACUGUGGCUUCUGGAAAACCAACCACUUCUAAGGAUGUUUCUUAGUUAUUGUAGUCUCCAUGGGUCUCAUGGUGGAGGCCUGGCAUCAGUCAGGAUGGAGUUGAUUCUUCUUUUACAGGAAUCGCAACAGGAGCAUUCGGCGAAACAGGUUACUAGUCCUUUUGUGCAACUUGCAUCAAUACCCCUGCUAUUUGCCUGCACUGCAAGUGCCAAAACUGUGGUGGCUAAUCCUAGACUCCAUCUAAGCAACCUUACCCAGGACAUUGUGAAUACUAUUGUAGAAUUUGAUUCUCCUCCACAUCCAGACAUGCAAAACAACAAGAUCUAUGUAAUGCACACUGUGGCAGCUUCUCUGUCUGCAUGCCUGUACCAAUGCCUUUGUGAUGGCCAUUAUUAUGGUUCUUCAUAUGCAAACCAGUUCACUGGGAUGGUAUACCAGAGUUUUCUGUUUGCGCAGCAACGUUCAAACAGAGCAGCAAGUUUAGAUGGUACAAUAACUCCCAACACUUCUCCAGACCAGUGGCCAGGUAUAAAGGAACUAAAUCAUCUCUUGAAUUCUGCUGGAGACGAGGAUAAACCCAAACUGACAAUCCUACUCUGUGAGGUAUUGACAGCGGUUUACCUUAGUCUUUUUGUUCAUGGCUUGGGAACGCACUCCAGCAAUGAGCUAUUCCGCCUUGUAGCUCAUCCUCUCGAUAGCAAAAUGUGGGCUGCAGUUUUUGGGGGAGGUGUCCAGCAACCUCUGAAGAACCAAAUCGAACCUAAAUCUGUAACAGGAAGGUGGUUACCUGAGCAUAGUCAACAGCAGAUAGUAAUGUACUCCGUGGAUUGUGUGGGGUUUUCAAAAGCUCUUGCAGUCUUCAAUCCUGCGCGUUCUGCAAGUGCAGCAGAAGGUCGUACUCCUGAUGAGCAUCAUAACUCUUUCAAGGGCACAGGCUCAAAAGCAACAAACAGAGAAGCACCCUCAUACAGUACUUCUCUUCCAGUUGUCAGUCAGGUGAUUCCAGUCUAUAAAGAGAAGUUCAUCCCUCCUGAACUCAGCAUCUGGGAUUACUUUAUAGCAAAGCCCUUCAUUCCUGCAGUACAGAGCAAAUUUGAGUAUGAUUCAGAAGAAAGUCAGGACAGUGAUGAUGAGGAAGAUGUUUUUGCUUCAGGCACACAGCUUCAGGAGCAUUCAAAUUCUAACUCGUUCAGCUGGUCCUUGAUGCGAUAUGCUAUGGUACAGUUGGUGCUUCAUAAUUUGAAGAAGUUUUAUCCAAUGGCAGGGCUGGAUCUAUCAGAGCUCCCAGUUUGUUCUCCUUCCUGCCAUGCAAUUUUAAAAACUCUUCAGCGCUGGGAACAAGUGUUACUUCGGCGUCUUGAGUUAUUUGGUGGCCCUCCUAAAGAUUUCAUCUCAAUGCAUGCCAGUGAAGGCACAAUGUCUUCAGGUCCUGCUCUCCUCAUUCAUAAAGCAUUGCUGGAGCCCACCAAUACACCAUUCAAGUCAAAACACCACACCGCUCUUCCUGUUAAAAGACUUUGGCAAUAUCUUGUGAAACAGGAAGAAGUACAAGAGAUUUUCAUUCGAAAUAUUUUCACAAAACAGAGAUGUCACAAUGAGUCAGUAGAUACCUCCAAAGAAACAAACAGAAAUUCUAUGAUGGAGGAACCUAGCGUCAACAAGGUGGAAGCUGAUUCUGGUUACCCUGGUGGAAGGGCAAGGAUUGUGCAUAAAGAAUCUGACAUCAUUACAGCAUUUGCAAUUAAUAAAGCUAAUCGGAACUGUGUUGCCAUAGCCACAAGUCAUGAUAUCCAGGAACUAGAUGUGUCUGCAAUCCUGGCUACCCAGAUCUACACUUGGGUUGAAGAUGAGUUUGAACUGGAAUCAAAAGGAUCUGAUGAGUUUCUGGUUGUUCAUGCUCGAGAUGAUUUUGGUGAUUUGCAGUGCAGCACACCUUAUACUCCCACAGUUCCUGGCACACCAAUAAACAUGCCAUGGCUGGGCAGCAUGCAGACUGGCAGAGGGGCGUCUGUGAUGAUCAAGAGGAAUAUGAACAAUGCCAGAAGAAUGGCUUCACAUCCAACCCUACCUUAUUACCUAACUGGUGCUCAAGAUGGUAGUGUUCGAAUGUUUGAGUGGGGUCACUCUCAUCAACUAGCAUGCUUUCGACCUUCUGGCAACUCCAGGAUAACCAGAAUACGAUUUAAUCAUCAGGGUAAUAAGUUUGGAAUUGUUGAUGGUGAUGGAUUCUUGACCUUCUGGCAAACAAGCCCAGUUGCUUUAGGAGCUACACCCAAACCUUAUCUGACCUGGCAGUGCCAUAACAAGACUGCAAAUGAUUUUGUUUUUGUUAGUUCGUCUACUUUAAUAGCAACAGCUGGACAAUCUAGUGACAACAGGAAUAUCUGCCUUUGGGAUACACUUGUGCCACAAACCAAUAGUCUAGUUCAUGCUUUCACCUGUCAUGACAGUGGAGCCACCGUUUUGGCAUAUGUAUCAAAGCAGCAACUUUUGAUAUCUGGUGGAAGAAAGGGUUACGUUUGUAUAUUUGAUCUACGUCAGCGACUGCUGCGUCAAACCUUUCAGGCACACGAUUCACCUAUAAAAGCGAUUGCUGUAGAUACAGCAGAGGACUACUUCAUUACUGGGUCUGCUGAGGGUAAUAUGAAGGUUUGGAGUUUGUCUACUUACAACCUGAUUCACACAUUCUCAAAUGAACAUGCUCGACAGUCACUCUUCAGAAACAUUGGAACGGGAGUCAUGCAGAUAGAGACUGGUCCAGCAAAUCACAUGUUCUCGUGUGGAGCUGACGGUACAAUGAAGAUGCGUGUCCUGCCAGAUCGUUUUAGCACAGGAAGUGGCAAGUUAGAUAUCUGGCAAGAUGAUGUUAGAUUUAUAUUAUGAUGAUAGUCUUGUCACAAAGCCCUUUGACUCAGUACACUGAGAUCUAUUUUUGUAGGUCUGAUUUUGUGUUAAGAGAACACUGGUGUCAUAUGGAGAUGUAUGUUGAGCUGAAGUAGUUUCUUCAUUCUUAAUGCACUGAUGCCUUAAGAAGAUUGUAAGCUUAAGAUUUUGUGAAUUAAAACUAGGAAUUAUUGAAUCUAAAUGUGUCAAAAUGGAUGAAUAAAGUAAUUCUAUUGUACAAUAAGAUAAAUAUGUUGCUGCUAAAAAAAAAGCUUUUCUCUAUUGAUACAGGUGCCGUUUUUUUUUUUGAAGUGUCAAAAUGUACAGCGCUUUCAAGAGAAUAAAAUAGAAGGUACAAUAAUUAUCUUUUUUAUGCUUGUAUUAAGAGUUUUGUACACAAUGAAGUUAUCAUUUGAACUGUGAGCAUUCCUUGUUUUUUUGCCUUAGCCUCUGAAAUACAAGCAAUUAAUACUUAGUUUUGCUUAAACUCUUCAAGCAAGAGAAAGUAGCUAGUGUUCCAGGAGUUUGUGGCAAGGGAGAAUUAAAACCAACCUUGCACAGCAUUUUACAACAAAAUGGAAAAUAACAUUUUUUUUACAAAGCUUCGUCUUGAACUAGAUCUGUAAAUAUAACCCACUAAAGCUUAAAUGGUUCUUCCACUAAGACAAUAAUAUCAAAAUUAAUUAUCUUUUUUUGUGUGCAAGUGUACACAGCCAUGGGGAACAACAAAUAGUCCUUACUGCCAGUCCCACUUUGUGUCAGUCUAAUAAUAGAUGUAUUGCAGUCGAGUCAAGAUUACUCCGUAUUCAAAUUUAAUAAUCAAUAACCCAUCAUGGUCACAAAGAUCUAUCCUAUAUCGUGCUGAUGUAACAGUAAAUGGUUUUAAAACAUUAUUUGACCUAAACAAUGUAGUUAAAACUUCAUUCUGGCAAUGUUAGAAAAUAUUUGAAUGCUGCAGUGAGGCAGUAAGUUCAACGUUGAACAAUUACCUUAAACAUUCUCAGAUGAAAAAAUUAAUGAUAUGCAGAGUUUUUUUUUUAAAAGAUAUGUUUUGUAUGGUUAUAUGUUUAAAUGCAAUAUUUGUUGGAAAAAAUCCAAAAUCAGACUAAUGACUUUUCUUUCUGUCACCAAGACAUGUCAAAGUAAAAGUUGCAUUUAUAUGCAUUAGAAUUGGUUAUCCAUUGAUAGGAUGACUAAAUGCGGAAUGUGUUUAAGGAGUAAUCAUUUAAGAUAACUUUUGAGCCCACGUCAGCAUUUAAUAUUUAUCUGAACAUAUGUUAUGAAUAAUUAUGAUUGGCAUUCCUGUUUAGAAACACACAAUAUUUCCACAUUUCUGAUUUUUAAAAUUAAAUCUUAUUUUUGGAUGUUUCCCACCAAUUAGCAAUGAGAGUAGCAUAACAGUUUUCUUGUAGACUGACUUCAUCAUCCUUGUGUCAGCUAAAGAGAUAUACAGAAAUGAACACAGGGUUACUUGGCCAUCUUAUUGUUUUCAUUCCUUUUCCACACAAGAAAUUCUUGCCCACUUUCACUGGUCAAAACUGAUUGAAGACAGGUUGAAAAACAUAAAGCUACACCUUUAGCUUACUGAUAUAUUUAUCAAAGUCAAAUGUCAUUUUAACAUGUGUUUCAUCUAGCUCUUUUUGUGCAAAUCAAUUCACUUAUAUUAAAAAGGUAAAUUCCUUUCAUUCAGACAAGCUAAAGGUUCAGUUAAGAUUAGGGAAUAGCAAUGAUAGUUUAGUCAUAAAGCAACUACUUCAUUACAAGAUCCAGAUAUCAAAUAUACUACAAAACAAAUCAAACCUUGUACAGUUCGAAAACUUUCUCUCAUUGCAUCAAAUACUAGAAUAAUUAUCACUGCUUUGUGGGGGAAAAAAAAUAUUUGCUAUUAUUACAUGCACACUCAAUAUUGGGAAUAGCCAUUUUAUGUUUAAAGAUUGUAAUAGUUCACUUAUUGUGAAUGGCUUUUCUAUGGGUAUUAUAACCUGGGUGUAAAACAAAUAAAAUAUUUUAUGGAUUGCUUAGAGGAGAAUAAAAUCAUUAGAUUUUGCAAUGGGUUCACUUUUUAAUACUUAGCAUAUUCUACAGUGUAUGGAAUAUUAGACUAAGUGCUGUCAAAUGCACAUUCAUUUUAACUGAUCACAGUUUAAUGUACCUGUUAAUUUCAUCAAUUAUAUGAAUUCUUGCUUUGCAAAUAUCUUAGUAAAUAGACACUGCAUGUAAGCAUUUCUAUUAAUCCUGAUAUGUAUAAAGAGCUUAUUUAGUAGGUAUUUUUGUUUGUUAUAUACUCAGGAUAUUUUGUCUUUCCUUUAAAACAUUUAUUUGUACAACUAGUUUUAAUAGGUUUGUUUAUUUAAAAGGUAAGAGUACAACAAUAGAAAGGAAAAUAUGGAAGGAAAACAUUUUCAUUUUCAUUGUGCAAUAAAUGUACUAAUUUUAUUAAAGUUAUUUAUGAAAUACUAUUAGUAAAUCUGAGAAUUUUCCUCUUUACAAUUUAUAUGGAAUAUUCUGUAAUUAAUUUCAAAGAAAACUGCACUUGGUAAUCAUCAUCAAUGACUUUACAUUGUCCAAAGUUUUUAGAUUCAGCACCUUCUACAUGUAAAAAUUAGCCUUUUGCUUUGAAUCAUAAUGGAAGGAAUAUGUAAUCCCACCUUUGAAAUCACUGGUGCUCAGCUUCUGUUAGAUGCUGACUGUACUGACAAAAUUGUCAAACGUGUUGUACGUAACAUAAAUAAUUGUUUCAAUAAAACAACUACAGAAACAA